UCGUCACAGUUAUUCACGAUAGGAUAGAAUGAGAUGCUUAUGUAAACAAGUGGAUCUUAAAGGGAUGAAUAAUAGGAUGGCAAAGGAGAUCAACGCAUGUGCUUUUGUAAAGUUACCAACUUGUGUACUUGGGAAACCAUACAACUCUCUCUGUAUUAAGUGUACAGCUACUAUUUGUCGUUGGAAGUUCUUUUGCCGUUCGUUCAAGUUAUCCACUAUCAACAGUAAUAGGAAAGCGUUGGGAGUCUACUCGUCCGACAAAACGACAAACCAGGAAUCGGACAACUCGAAAGCCUUGAAAGUUUCAGAUACUUUUGUAAAAACUUUGAAGAGUCGAUACGGUUGGUCUAUGAAAAACGUACCGGAGCGUUUCUUAGUUGUCUUGAUGUGCUUUUUAAGCUUUGUUCUUUGUAACAUGGAUAGAGUCAACGUCUCUGUUGCUAUUCUUCCCAUGUCCAAAGAGUUUGGCUGGAGUCAAAGUACUGUAGGAGUCAUUCAAAGCUCUUUUUUUUGGGGUUAUUUAGUUACUCAGAUUCCCGGAGGCUAUUUGGCUGAUAAAUAUGGCGGUAAACUUGUAUUAGGUUGGGGUGUUUUGGCUUGGAGUUUGAUGACUUUUGUUACUCCUUAUGCGGCAUCCAAGUCCUUUCCUGUUUUAUUACUAUCACGUGCGUUGUUAGGUUUUGGAGAAGGUGUUGCUAUGCCUGCUAUGAAUCAGGUUGUAUCGAAAUGGAUACCAAGUGGAGAAAGAAGUCGUUCUUUGGCACUGAUUUACUCUGGAAUGUAUUUUGGUUCCGUCAUAGGUUUAUUACUUUGUCCCAAAAUGAUGAGCACUUUGGGUUGGCAUUCCGUAUUUACCAGUUUUGGUGCGUUGGGAAUUCUUUGGUGGCUCAUAUGGAAUGCUUGGAUAAAGAGUUCACCUGAAAAGAGCAAUAGUAUUUCACAAGAUGAAAAGAAUUAUAUUCUGAAACAAAGAACAACUAUUGGAAACAAAAUGGACCGUACUUCUCGUGAUAUUCCUUGGAAAUUGCUAUUUUCCAAAAAGGCAACUUGGGCCAUCAUCGUAGCCCACUUCUGUACUACCUGGGGUUAUUUUGUUUUGUUGACUUGGCUUCCUACUUAUUUCAAUCAACAUUUGGGAUUGAACUUGGCUUCUUCCUCCUUUGUUUCUGUUCUUCCUUGGUUAGCUAUGGCAUUAUCUGCCAAUGUGGGUGGAUGGUGUGCCGAUUAUUUGUUAUCAAAAGGAUUUUCUAUCACUUUUGUUCGCAAACUGAUGCAAACUAUGGGUCUAAUGGGCCCUGCUUUGUUUCUCAGUAUUGUUAGCUUUGUCCAUCAUCCUGUUACGGCUGUAUUAUGUAUGGCUUUGGCUUUGGGUCUGGGUAGUUUUGCACAGUCAGGUGUAUAUGCCAAUCAUCAAGAUAUUGGUCCAGAAUAUGCCGGUGUUUUGUUAGGUAUUUCUAACAGUUUUGCCGCUAUUCCUGGUAUUGUUGGAGUAGCUCUUACCGGAUUUAUUCUGGAUAAAACGGGUGGUGCUUGGUAUAUCGUAUUUGGAGUGGCUAUUGGCUUUUAUAUUUUGGGCACAGUCGUAUACAAUACUAUGGGCACUGGUAAACAAGUAUUUUAGAAACUUAAUAAAUUGGGAAGCUUGAUG